AUGGAUUCCGAUCAAGUUGCCCAUCUCCUGGAGUUAGAGGACAAGUUAUCCAAUAUAAGGGCACAGAUCAACUCGAAACUAGACAAUCAGAAACAUAUUGCUAUUAUUUUAAGCGCUGUCGAAGAAAAUAUCAAAGAUCAUGCAACUAAUGACACAUCCAAGAACUUGGUCAACUAUCUAGUCUCUUUCAUGUCACUAUUGGACCAGGCCAUGGAUUCUACCACCCAUGAAAUCAAGGAUUUGCAGUUAGCCACCUCGGCAACCUACUUGCUGGAUAUUAUCUUCCAUUAUUGUCCCAAGAAGUUACUAAGGGCACAAUUCGCAGAAGUUUUAACAAAGAUUGCUCCAUGUAUCACCGAUGAAAAGGCUGAGGCUCCAAUAAUCAGAUCAGGUGUGGGUUGUUUGGAGGCCCUUCUUAUCGCUCAGGACACUCAAGCAUGGAAUAAUACACAUGAUCUAACUAUUACCCCAAAGAGAGGUUUACAAGGCCUUUUAGAAUUAUCCUUAGACCAUAGACCAAAGAUCAGAAAGAGAGCAUGUGAAGCAAUAAGUAAUAUUUUGUUAAAUCCUCCAGUGGCCCCAACUCCAGAACAUGUCGCAUCUUCAUUGAUUUCUGAUUUUGCCAUCAAAUAUUUAUCCAACGUUUUAAAUGAAUUUUCAACAUUGUCAAACAAAAAAUUGAAAAAUCAAACAAUUAAGGACGAAUAUAACGGUAAGAUUAUCCGUUGUUUGAAACUAAUCAAUACUAUUGUAUCAACUAAACAAUGGCCAACAUCACAGAUCGAAAAAUUGUGUGAUUUGCUAUUGGAAAUAACAAAAAGCACAGAACAAUUCUUAGUUUCAUCUUCAUUUGAAUGUUUCGAAAGUCUAUUCAAAUCCAUGGGUGAAUCUACUGGUUUAGCAGAAGAUAAAUUCUUAAAGGUAUUAAAUACUAUCUUCCAAUUAAAGCCUUCAAGUAGCGACAUCCAUCUAGCUGGUUCCUGGAUUGCCGUUGUUGUGAAAGGUGUAACAACUUAUUCUCUACAUGAACCAUUUAAAUGUGUAGCCAAAUUACCCGAUAUAUUCAAAAUCAUGUCCCAUUAUUUACAAAGUGAAACUAUGGAAAUUUCAUUCAGUGCAUCUCAAGGUCUUAUUGCUAUCCUAAGUUCUUCAGUAAAUGAUAACGUUCUGUUAUCUCCUCCACAGGUAACAGAAGAUCAAUAUAAUUUGGUCAACGAUGUUAUCACAGAACUAUCUGACAUCUUUUCCGAUUUCCUUUCGAUCAGAUACAGUCAUUGUUCAAAGGAAAUUUUAAAUAUUUUAACUGUGGCAUUCAACAAGUUGAAAUCUAGAUCCAAUCCAGCUUUACUAAAACCAUUACGCAUAGUGGACAAAUGGAGGAUCAAUGAAGAGAAUUAUCUUGAAUUAAGAGGUGAGGUUGAAACCGUUAUUGGUGCAGCUAUCGAAUUUAUGGGUCCAGAAAUUGUCUUACAGGUACUACCAUUGAAUUUAGAUAAUUUCGGGAAUGAUACCUCUAGACCAGGUAGAGCUUGGCUGUUGCCUAUUUUAAGGGAUCAUAUCAAACACGCUAAGCUUGCUACUUUUAUUGGUCAAUUUAUCCCAUUAAUAAAAUUAUAUGAAUCCAAGUAUGAAAAGUUACCAAGUGAUUCUGUCCAAUUAAGAAUCUUCCAAACUGUCGUCGAUCAAAUCUGGUCCACUCUACCACAUUUUUGUGAUGUACCAACGGAUUUGAAAGAAUCUUUCACCGACGAAUUUGCCUCUGAUUUAUGUUCUUUACUUUAUAGUAAUGUUGAAUUAAGAUCUACCAUCAUAAAUGCAUUGAAAAAUCUGGUUGAAAGUAAUUUAUCAUACGCUGAAAGUGAUAAUGCUGACUUGUUACCAAUGGAAACUUUCCCUAGGGAGGAAUCUCUCAAAAAUAUUGAAUACCUAAGUACAACAAAGGUGAUGAAUGUCUUAGCGGUAUUAUUCAAUGUUUAUACACAAACUCCAGCCAAUUCCAGAGGUUACAUUCUUGAAACCAUUGAAUCAUAUCUAAAAAUUACCAAAGAAGAAGAUAUGACGAAGACCUUCAAUAAUGUAUGUGCCCUGUUGAAAACAUCAAUGGACGAAAAGCAAGCUAAUUUAACCUCUACGUUGUUAGAUAUCAUUAUAGUAAUGGUCAAAUAUUUAUCUACAUCUGCCUAUGGUACCUUAUUCAAUAUAUUUGGUCAAACUAUAAAUUCCACAGAUACUGCUGUCCAAAAACGUUCAUAUAAAAUUAUCUCUAGAUUAUCGGAAACUUCUGAUGAAGCAAAAAUGAUGAUCUCCUCGCACAUCACAGAUAUUGAAAACAUUAUUUUAUCUAAUUCUGAGAGUGUUCAAACUUCUGCUAGAUCAGGUAGAUUGGUUGCCAUAAAAACGGUUGUUGACUUAUUACCUAACGACCAUUUAGGUUUCAUUGCCCGUAUUGUUGCUGAAAUUAUUUUAGCCACCAAAGAUGUUAACGAAAGAACGAGAGAUACUGCUUUCGAAACUUUACUUUCAAUGGGUAAAAGAAUGCAACAGGGUGGUAUUAUUAAGCUAGGUGACCAAGACGUUCAAGAAAACAAUGCCAAUAUUGCUGAAUUCUUCAAAAUUAUCUCCGUUGGUUUAAUUGGUGAAAGUCAGCAUAUGGUCAGUAGCACAGUUACUGCAUACGCGUGCUUAAUGUUUGAAUUCAAGGAUUUGUUAAGUGAAGAUGUGAUCAUGGAGAUUUAUGAUACCAUUGAAUUGUAUUUAACUUCUAACUCUAGAGAAAUUGCCAAGAGUGCAAUUGGUUUCACCAAGGUUUGUGUUUUAGGUUUGCCAGAACCAUUAAUGAAACCAAAAGUGCCAGAAUUGAUUCCAAAAUUAUUACGUUGGUCCCAUGAACAUACAGGACAUUUUAAGGCUAAGGUUAAGCAUAUCCUUGAAAGAUUGAUCAGAAGAUUUGGUUAUGAAUAUAUCGAGGCUAAUUUCCCUGAAGACGAUAUGAGACUACUCGCAAAUAUUAGAAAGACUCGUAAUAGAAAUAAACGUAGAGGGGAAGGAAAUGAAGAAAUUAACCCUAUGGCUUCAGAUAAAUCUUCAAAGGCAUCUAAAUUCAUGUCGGCAUUUGAUGAAGCCGUAUAUGAUUCUGCUGACGAAAAUAGUGGAAGUGAUGAUGAAAGCUCCGGUGGUCAACGAAAGAGAGAGCAGUUUAUUGUGGAAAAAACAGGUGAGAAUCCUCUAGAUUUGUUAGAUUCACAAACUUUAGCACACAUUUCUUCGACUAGACCAAAGAAAUUCAACAAGAAGGAUCAAAAGAGAAGAUUACAAAGCGACGAUUCAUUUGCGUUCGAUGCUGAAGGUAAGCUUAUAGUUAAGGGCCAGAAGGGUAAAGCCUCUGUUGAAGAUGAUGAUCCUUUGAAAGAAGUUACAAGUGGUAUAAACGCGUAUCUUGAAGCUGUUCAAAAUGGUCCAACAAGGGGACAAAGAAAUAAAUUAAGGUUCAAGAAGAAAAAUAACGGUGGUGAUGAUGGUUUUAGUGAUAAUGAGGAUAACACAUUACCAAAGAGUAAGCCAAUGACGAAAAAUAAGAUCGGUAAGAACUUCAAAAAAUCAAAUCAAAAAUUCAAAUCAAGAAGAAGGUUGUGA